AUGAGUGUCAUCGGUAUUGAUCUCGGUGCGCAGAGCACCAAAGUCGGUGUGGCCCGCAAUAAGGGUAUCGAUAUCCUUACAAAUGAAGUCUCCAACAGAUCUACGCCAUCCCUCGUCGGAUUUGGUCCCAAGAGCAGAUACUUGGGAGAAGCUGCCAAGACGCAGGAGGUCUCCAACCUCAAGAACACCGUCGGCAGCCUGAAGCGUCUUAUCGGUCGCACCGCCUCGGAUCCCGAUGUCCUGGCCGAGCAGGAAUAUAACACCGUCGCUUUCUGCGAUGUAGAGGGCCAAGCCGGUGUCGAGGUUUCGUACCUGGGCAAGAAGGAGAAGUUCAGCGCUACCCAGCUGGUGGCCAUGUACCUCAACAAGAUCAAGCACACCGCCUCCCAUGAAAUCAAGCUGGGCGUGUCCGAUGUCGUUAUCAGUGUCCCCGCCUGGUUCACAGAUGUGCAGCGAAGGGCCAUGCUGGAUGCUGCCGAUAUUGCCGGCCUCAAGGCGCUCAGAUUGAUCAACGAUACGACGGCGAUCGCCCUGGGUUAUGGUAUCACCAAGCUGGAUCUCCCCGGUCCCGAGGAGAAGCCCCGCAGAGUCGCCUUUGUCGACAUCGGCGCCAGCAACUACACCGUUUCUAUCGUCGAAUUCCGGAAAGGAGAGCUGAAUGUCAAGGCCACUGCCUGGGACCGUCACUUUGGUGGUCGCAACUUUGACAAGGCCCUCACCGAACACUUUGCCGACGAAUUCAAGGAGAAGUUCAAGAUCGACAUCCGCACCAACCCCAAGGCUUGGGCUCGUACCCUCGCUGCCGCAGAGAAGCUGAAGAAGGUGCUGUCGGCCAAUGCCCAAGCCCCCCUGAGCAUCGAAUCUUUGAUGGACGAUAUCGACGUUCGCGCCAUGGUCAAGCGAGAGGAGAUGCAGGAUAUGGUCAAGCCUCUCUUGGACCGCAUCUCCGUUCCCCUUGAACAGGCUCUUGCCGAGGCCAAGCUGAAGGUAGAGGAUAUCGACCACAUCGAAAUGGUUGGUGGCUGCACACGUGUGCCCGUCAUCAAGGAGACCGUGGCCAACUUCUUCGGAAAGCCCCUCUCUUUCACUCUGAACCAAGACGAGGCCAUUGCUCGUGGCUGCACAUUCAGCUGUGCCAUCCUGUCCCCAGUUUUCCGCGUGCGCGACUUUGCCGUCCACGACAUCGUCAACUACCCGAUCGAGUUCACCUGGGAACAAUCUCCAGAAAUCCCCGACGAGGACACAAGCCUGACUGUUUUCAACAAGGGCAACGUCCUUCCUUCAACCAAGAUCCUCACCUUUUACCGAAGACAGCCUUUUGAUUUGGAGGCUCGCUACGUGAAGCCCGAGGCCCUCCCUGGCAAGGUCAACCCUUGGAUCGGCAGAUUCUCCGUCAAGGGAGUCCAAGCUCAGGAAAACAACGAGUUUAUGAUCUGCAAGCUCAAGGCCCGUCUUAACUUGCACGGUAUUCUCAAUGUCGAGUCUGGCUACUAUGUAGAAGACGUCGAGGUUGAAGAGCCUAUCGAGGAGCCUAAAGAGGGCGACAAGAAGGAUUCUGAUGCCAUGGACACAGAUGCCGCCAACGGCGACGGUGAAAAGAAGACUCGCAAGGUCAAGAAACAGGUUCGCAAGGGCGAACUUCCCAUCUCUAGCGGCACUGGCGCCCUCGAAGAGGUCACCAAGAACGCUUGGGGCGAGAAGGAAAAUGCCAUGAUCAUGGAAGACAAGCUUGUUGCCGAUACCGACGAGAAGAAGAACGAACUCGAAGCGUACAUUUACGAACUGCGUGACAAGGUUGAGACGACCUAUGCCGAGUUUUCCAGCGAGGAAGAGAAGGAAAAGCUUCGCGCUAAGCUGACUGACUCUGAGGAUUGGCUGUACGAGGAAGGUGAAGACACCACCAAGGCCAUCUACGUCUCCAAGAUGGAAGAGAUCCGAUUCAUCGCCGGCCCCAUCAUCCAGCGAUACAUGGACAAGAUCGAAGCCGAGCGCCAGGCUGCCCUUCAGGCUCAACAGGAAGCAGUAGCCAAGAAGCGCGCCGAACAAGAGGCCAAGCGCAAGGCCGAAGAAGACGCCAAAAAGCCCGCCGAAGCCGCGAAGCCCGAAGGCGCAGAUGCAGAAAUGAAAGACGCGCCAGCCGCUGAGGGCGAGGUCGCCGACAAGGAGUAG